AGGGCUUAAGCGGAAGCCCGUGAAGGGCGCAAAGGCUGCAGGUGCCGCCCAGAAGGCUGCAGCUACCGCAGUUUCGAAGGGUGCAGCAGAGGCCGUUCUCGCCACUCCUCGCUCCUCGCGCGAACGCCGCACGCCCAGCCGCCAACCGAAGAGCAGCGCAGCGAGCGCCGCAACGGCGACGGCGCCGCCGCCGGUGGGCUUUCAUGCGACGAAGCAUGGCAAGUUCGUGACGAUCUCCGCAGAUGGCCUCUUUGCCAAGCAUGCGGCCCCUUUCGAAGACGACAUGUUCGGUGGAGUACUGGGCAAUACGGCCCUUGCGAAGGACUCCAUGGGGGUGUCUUAUUUCGAAGUCAAAAUCGAGGAGGCCGUCACAGGCAUGCCGGAUGGUUUGGCGAUUGGCGUGACCAGUGUGGAACCUUCCACUUUGAAGCGAGUGCCUGAGAUCUUAGAUGGCUUGGGCAAGGCGUGGUUGGUCGGCUUCGAUGGCAUCAUGUACGAUGCCCACGACUUCAGUGAGGUCGAUUGGUACCCCUCCGAGCUGCGCAUAGGCGAUUGCGUGGGCUGCUUGGUGACGGUUGAGGGUCAACUACAGAUCUUCUUGAACGGCAAAUGGCGCCUGGACGGUCCCAAGAACGUGGACACCAGUCGGCCCCUCUACCUGGCCUUGGACUUGAUCGGAAACACCGAGGCGGUUUCGCUGCUGCCGCAGGCGAGAUGUCCUUUGGCCACCCGUGCCAGUGCCAACCAGAAACCGGGACGAGGCUUCCAUCGUCAAUCCUUGGGGCGCCAGUUGCGGUUGGUGGGCGAAUGGACGGUGGAGCACAUGGGGAAGGAAGAUCUGCAAGGUACUGCCCUGGGUGCCGCACCAUUGGACUUCACAGACGCAGGUUUACGCUACUUUGAGGUGCACAUUGAUGAGGUCAUUCCAGACAGACCAGAUGGAAUGGCCAUUGGCGUCACGAGUCACAGGCCGGAUGAGAUCUUGGAACCCCCGGUGUCCUCGGAUGCCUUGCGGCCGGCAUGGCUGGUGGGCUUUGAUGGGGCCAUCUGGGAUGGCGCCAAGAUGGAAUGGCUUCUGAGCAGCUGGGACACGCGACAGCUACGUGUGGGUGAUGCUGUAGGUGCCAUGGUGGACCAGCAGGGUACCCUGCGCAUUUUCGUGAAUGGUCGGCAGAUGGCCAAGGGCCCCACGAUCACAACACAGUCAUCGCUGUAUCCCAUGGUGGAUCUCUUGGGCACCGUGAAGCGUCUUUCUCUGCUGCCAAAGUGCACCACGCCCGAGCUCUCCGAGGAGCUUUGGACGCCUCCAGCACCGCCCGAACCGGACAAGACCAUGGCAUCCUUCCAUCGAGAAAAGGUGGGCAGCCAGAUCCUCCUCUCCGAGAACGGCGCCUCCGCACAGCGCGCCACCUACACGCAGAGCGCCUUGGAGGGUGGCCUCGUCUUCGGCGACGCGCCGUUGCCGCCCCGGGAGGACUUCGCCGUGGGCUUCAGCUUCAUCGUCACCAGUCCAGUGGCACCCGGAGAUACCGAGGGCUUAGCGCUGGGGGUCACCACGCGACCGCCCAAUGAGCUCACAACACUGCCGGCCACAGCAGACGAGGUGGAUCCUUCAUACCUCCUGGGUUUCGACGGCGCCGCCUGGGAUGGCUCGGCCUUGAAGUGGCACUUUAGCCACUGGCAGCCGCAGACCCUGCGGGCGAAUGACCGAGUGGAUGUGCUGUUGGAGAAGCAACGACUGCAGGUGGCGGUGAACGGCACCCGUGUGGCUGCCCAAGCAAUGCAAGUCUCCAAUCCGCAAGGGCCUUUCUAUGCCCUCAUCGAUUUGGCCAGCGCUGGACUGGCCGUGGCUCUUCACGAUGUCAAAGCUCCGCGCAUCGGUGAAGAGCGCCCAGCGCGUGCCGACAAAAAAUCAGAAACCCGCCGCGGUGCGUCAGG